UGAAUCUUGUUUUGUAGUUAAAUAUGACAUAGUCAGAAUUCCAAUAUUUCUAGUUUAUACUGGGUGAAAAUUAUUUAUACUACCAAAUUCUCUGAGACUAUGGGAUACCAAAACAAUUUUUUUCUCUAAUGUCAUAUUUUCCUGCAAAGAUUUUUAAACUGGUAGAGAGAGUUUUGUUUGGAUGCGAGUGAAUUAGGCCUAAGUGAAAAAACUCUGGAAGGUUGCAUGGGACACUGGGAACAUUACAAUAUAUUUUCCUAUGAGGCACCAUUCUUUGAGAACAUCAAAUCUUUCUCACAGUAGGCAAGAAGUAACUCACAGAAUUUUUAAUUCUUUAUUGCCAAGAGACAACGGUAUUAACACAACACAAUUACUAAAACUACAGUAGAUGUUCAAAAAUGCCUCCACUGACUUGUAAAUAAAGGGUACACUGGCAUGUCAUGUUCUGUCUAACACUGUCUAAGAUUGCAGUAGUGUCUUUAACUUUUCCUGCUGCUGCUACUAUCGAGGCAAGAAGAUUCUCUUCUGAUUCAACAGGGGUUUUGUAAACAAAGUUGUGCAUCUUUCCCCACACAAAAAAGUCCAGUGGGGUCAAAUCGGGAUCAAGUAUGUCAUGGUACAGCACCACUUCUGCCAAUCCAUUUUUCUGGGACCUGUCAGUUCAAAAACCGAAGCAUAUGAUGACUGAAGUGUGCCGGCGCCCUGUCAUGCUGGAACCUCAUGCACUGUCUUGUAGCGAGUGGCACUUCAUCCAUUAACUCUGGCAGUGCUCUGAUGAGGAAAUUGUAAAGAUAAGCAAUGGAAAUAGAUUUUGACUGUGAAGAUUUCCCAUUUGUUAUGAUGGGAGAUGAUGCUUUUGCUCUUUCAGAGUACAUGAUGAAACCAUACACAGGAUGGCAAGAGAAAGAUAGCCAGGGAAGAAUGUUUAAUUACCAAAUAUUUCAUGCUAGAAGAUGUGUGGAGAAAUGUUUUGGAAUAGUAUAAGCAGUUUUUCGGUGUCUUAUAACAACUAUGCACUUAAGUCCUGAAAAAACAAUGUUAGUGACUUCUGCAACUGUGUCUUUGCACAGUUUUCUUAGAAGAACUAAAAAAGUGCCACAGUUUACUCACCAUCUGGCAGUUUUGAUGUCAAAGAUCCAGAAACAGGCAGGGUUUCAGAUGGCAGUUGAAGAUGUCUCUGCAAAAUAAAUGUCUUCAGAGAAAGGGAGGCAAUGCACUAAGAACUUCAAAAAAUAUAAGGGAUGAAUUUUGCAAUCUACUUUGUAUGGUAUUUGGAAUAUCAACAUCACAAAAUGCAACACGUGACAGUAACAGACGAGUCAACAAAUGAACCUGGCAUCAUCAUUCCUGAAAUGGGAAUGCUGUUGCAGGCCAGCAUGCUGGCAGGCUUCACUGGCAGUGAGGCGAUUGUACAGCGCGCCAACAACAAUCUGAUCGAGCUAGGCAAGCGGCUGCUGACGAGUGCCGAGCUCGGUGACACAGACGAGGUGCGGCUGCUCAUGAGCCGUGGCGCGCCCUUCGCCACCGAUUGGCUGGGGACAAGCCCACUACACGCAGCAGCAGCCAAUGGCCACCUGGAGACAUGCGAAUUGCUGUUGCGAGCAGGAAUAUCACGGGAUGCGCGGACCAAGGUCGACCGAACCCCUCUGCACGUAGCAGCCCAGGAGGGCCACACAGACAUUGUUGAACUGCUCCUGGACACGGGUGCUGACGUUGAUGCCAAAGACAUGCUGAAAAUGACACCUCUGCACUGGGCAGUGGAGAGGGAGCAUGUAGAGUGUGUUCGACUGUUGCUGCAGCACGGAGCCAACCCCCACUACGUCAGCAAGUUCGACAAGACAGCGUUCACGAUGGCACUCGAGGCCAACCGGCACGACAUUCUUGAGAUGCUCGAGACAUCCAUCACGGCGGCGGCGACUGCUUCUGCCACUCUCGAGGCAACAGAAAGCCUCGCACUGGUCCUUGGGCAGGUGCCGGUCCCAGCUCACCAGGAGGAAGUGCAGACAUCCUCACAGACAUCCUCACAGACAUCUUCGCAGACAUCCUCACAGACAUCCUCGCAGAAAGUUCAUCCAGAGGAACCGAACCCUCCAAAGGUAUAUCUACAGGAGUCUGUGAAAGCAUCUGAGCGCGUUACGACGGAAGACAAACUGCCGGAAGUAAAAGUGGAGGAGACAGUGAUAGACACCAACAGCCAGAACACACUGCGCUUGCUGCAGGCCCACGGCAUACACAUGCUGCCCACGGAGGAGCAGACGCUGGUGGCCUCCGCUAUCCAGAGUGGCCAGACGGUCGUGCUUACGGAGGCGGGUAAGCUGGCGCUGAAUUUGACGGGGACAGUGCAGGCAGACGGCACAGCCGGUACUGCGAGCAUCCCGCAGGGCAGGAAGAAAGUGAUAACUAUCCGGGCGACACCCACAUCGCCACUGCAGCAGAAACUGUACAGGAGCAAUGUGGAGAAGCGCGCCCUGCCCGAACAGCCACAACAGCCCCGUGCCUCCGUCGCCUUGCUGCCCCGGCGUGGCCGACCGCCGACUUCGACCGUAGCUGCCGUCAGCUACGCUCCCAACAUCCUCAAGCGCACGGCGGCCCCCGUCGUGGUUUCGUCCGUCGCGUCGAGUGUCGGGGUUGCCGUCGUCUCGCCUACCGUGGUCACGGCUUCAAGUUCGAGUUCGAAUCCCCCUGCGGCGAAGGUUUUGGUCAGGUCACCACCUGUGACAAAGGUCGUGGUCAACGGAAGUAGCAGUGAGGCACAGUUGACGGACCUCGCCACAAUCACACGGCAGCUGGAGGAGGCACGCCGGGAGGCAGAGGCGUACAAACUGCUGCUGAGCAAGAAGGAGCGCGAGGCGGAGCUCUACCGCCAGCAGCUGCAGUCGAUAGCACAGCAGUCUCAGUGACCACAGGCACGGACGUGGCCCGAUGCCCGCUGACGUCCGCCAUUCCCUAAAACGUACGUGGGUCGACCUCGGCCCGCCACCUCCUCUUAUGGGCAGGAUCGCGUGUCAUCUCCGGCUGGCGCUGACAGGGACCUCGCCACUGCGGACCCUACGAGUGGAGUGCCAGUUUCCGAAGUGAGGUCACUUUCAAGUGGCACAGCAGCAAUUGACUUGUCUUGCCCGAAAGACUGACACUGUCAGUUGCCCCCUCCCCCAGAUCUUCCCAACACAUUUAUGUGCGUGUGUGAAGGAGAGAGAGAGAUUGAUCUUGUGUGACUCGCGUAAAACAAGAUGAAUGCAAAAUACACAUAGAAGAUAACUGUGGAAAUUAAGUGAUUUACCUCAUUGGUGGCAGGUUAUUUGUGUUACUGUGUUGAUAGACUAAUGAAAGAACUAAUGUACAUGUUCAACAGUCAGAAUCUCCGAACUUGUGUCAAGCCGUUGGUGCAGUGGAAAGCAUCCGACAAUAGUAGUUCCUACUUGAUUUUUAUCAGUAUACUGUGUUGUGCAUUUAAUACAGAAAAAGAGGCUUAACAAAAUGGUGUGUUGGGUGAACUUUGAUACCUCUUUUUUCUAUUAGUUAAAUUGUUAAAAGGACUUUUUCUUCAAAUGAUGUUACUUCUUAUCCUUCAUUUUCUUGUUGUUUCCAGAUUUUUUUUCUGCAGGCUAUUUCAUUGAUAUUGGCAGCAAUUUCAUUGAUAUUGGCAGCAGAACUGGAAAUGCCAAACUUAAAUUUCUUAUUCCCCCUCCCAAAGCUGUUUCUCGGCAACUGAAUAAAAAGCAUUUAUUUACAGGUGAUAAUGGAAACUGUUUGAAAUUUUGGAUAAUUUAUUUUAACCAUUUAUCUAGAACAUUUGCAGCAGUCUGGGGACCAAUGUUGUACUUAUUUAUACAUUUUUGUGGCUGCUAUUAACCCUUUCCACUCUUUCUUUAGACAUGGCGCUUUGUAUUUGACAAGAACAGCAGAUUCAGUCUUCCCUUCCUGCAAUCCUCCAGCAGUUGAACAUUGGGUGGUUUGUGUAUGUUGAUGCUGUUAGUGCCCCCUGUAAUAGCAAUUUCCAAGUUUUCAGUGGGAUGAAUAUUUUUGUUAUGGGCUAAGUUCAUAUUUAGUGUACAGCAUGAGAGCCACAAUCUAUACUUCUAGUCACUUUUUUCUGGAUGUCUAUAUUUGAUACCUAAAAAUACUGCACUAUUUGUGUUAGUAAAAAAGUGCAUGAUUAAGUUGUUCUGAAGAAUUUCAUUUUUUUACGCUGAAUUAUAGUGCAAAUCAAAUGUGUAUUUUAACUAUUAAUGUUGAAGCAUUUAACUGAUGUAUAACUCAUCAAAAUUACAAUUUUAUUUUUUGAUAAUGUUGUAUUGUAGCUAACAGUUUAAAUAAUACAAAUGUUUAAUUUUGCUUUGUAUUGUUUCUUAGUCUCCUUCUUCUUGCACUGUUUUUUGGCAGUGUCGUGGUCUGUUACUUUGCAAAUGAAACAGAUUUGAAUAAAGUUUAUGCACUUGAUUACAGCAGCUAGAGAUAAAAUAAAAUUUCACUGCUCCAUAUUCUAUUGGAAGGUUUGUUAUGGCUCACAAAGUGGAGAGUACACAUUGAGAUGACGAUGCCAUUUGUUAAACGAACUUAUGUUGUGACACAGCAACAACACUUUAUAUUGAACCUUCUCUGUUGAUCUGACCUGGUGAAUUAUAAACCAAUUAUACGUAAUAAUGAAUGAAUCGCCAGAUUUCUGUGCAGAUAAGAAUGUUUCUUCUGCUGUGGUCUCAACACCUGAAUUAGAGCUGUUAGCAUAAAAAGGCUAAGUAUGAAAAAGAAUUUUCUGUUUUAGCAAGUGCCAACCUGUCUUCCUGAAACAUCAGAUAAAAUGUUAACAUCCAGUAUGUGUGAAGAAUAAAUCACUGGAACAGAUAAAAACAGAUCUUUCACUGUAGACAAGUGAAAUUGUAAAUGUGGGGUGUUCUUUGUAUUAGGAAUUGAUGUUUCUUAAAUAAAUGAAAUGGAAAUUUGAAAGUAA